GUUCCAUGCAAGUCCACGGCGUUCACUUUCCUCUCGCACGGCGAUAGCUCUCCAAAAAAACCGACAUUACGCGGAUAAAAUCGUCCUCCGAUGCACCAAAUCCCCCCGCAAAAUCGAGAAGAAUUAAUCCACUAACCUGCGCCGCACGCAUUCAGCCGCGAAAACAGUGUUAACAGUUAAAACUCGGUGCAAUCGACCUCACGAGACAAGUGAGCAGUGUUUGAUGAUAAUGGCCGAUGCCGAGGGUAAAAAAUUGACCGAACUAAGGGUCAUAGAUCUGAAAACGGAGCUGGAGAGACGGGGACUCGACAAAACCGGAAAUAAAGCUGCACUUCUGGAGCGUCUGUCGAAGGCGAUUUCUGAGGAGGGAGAGGACCCGGAGGAGUACCUGAUUGUUCCCUGUGUUGGAACAAACAAGAUAAGCCCUCGGAAAAACAGUGUUACUGGAACGAACCCUCCGGAAGAGCCCCAAGAGACGCAGGAGAGUAAUCAUAAAGAGGAGAGCGUUGAUAACAGCAAAGAUAUUGAGGAGAUAAAGCGUAGUGAGGAGCCAAAGUCUCUGGUGGCUGAAGUGGAGGCCAAACCAUCACCCAAAAACGAAACCCCAGAGACAGUUGAAGAUGAACCAUCAGUUGAGGAAGAGGAGAAGGAGGAGGUGAAAGAAGAGCAGAAAGAAGAGCUUAAGGAAGAACAAAAAGAGGAGGAAGAGGAAAAGGAAGUGGAGGAAGUGGAGGUGCAGGAAGAGCCCAUGGAGGUACAGUCAGAGGACAAGAAGGAGAGUGUCAAGGAGUCUGAGAAGGUUGAGAGUGUCAAGGAGCCCGAGAAAAAAACAAGCCCUGAGGCUACUCCAAUCGCUCCUCCUCCUCCUGCUAUUGUACCUGACACCACAUCAGCUACUAUUGAAGCCAAUGGCAUCGACAAUGAGGAUUCCAUCAAUUUGACCAUCGGGGAGGACGAGGAGAACCUCCUAGCCGAGGAGACCGAGACGCACGUCAAGCAGAAAGUUGGCUUGAUUGUUCCUGCAGAUGGUGGGGGUAAGAAGAGAAUUGAAGAUAACAGCAAGAAGGGAGAUUCCAAAGGUAGCAGAGGUGACACUGGUGGCAAGGACAGCGGAUCCAACUCAACCGGGAACAAGAGCAAGGACGAUGGAGGCAAGAGCAGUGAAUCUAGUAACAAGGGACAGAAGAGAGAUGAUAAGGACAAGAAAACUGCUAGCAGUUCUGCGAACGCAGGCAGCCGAAACUUAUGGGUGUCUGGGUUAUCCUCGACAACUCGUGCCACUGACUUGAAGCAGAUAUUCUCGAAAUAUGGAAAAGUUAUCGGUGCCAAAGUCGUGACUAAUGCGAGAACUCCAGGUGCCAGGUGUUACGGUUACGUCACGAUGUCCACGAGUGAGGAUGCAGCCAAGUGCAUCCAACAUCUGCAUCGAACUGAGCUGCAUGGACGUGUGAUUUCAGUUGAGAAGGCUAAAGGGGACUCCCAGCAGGGCCACAUGCGCAAACGUGAGUCGACAAACGGCAAGCCCGAGAAGAAAGACGAAAAGGAGAAGCCCAAAGACUCCCACCACGAUUCCACCUCCGAUAAGAAGGAGAAAACCGAGAAAAAAGAGACUGAAGACAAGUCUGGUGACAAGUCUCCCAAGAAAACCGACGACAAGUCCCACUCGGACGACAAGAAACCCGAAGCCACCGAGAAGAAGGAGGAGGGGAAGGACGGUGACGCGAGAUCGACUAAAUCAACGAGUAAAAAGCCCGAGGGUGAGCGUAAACGCGACGACAAACGCGCUCGUCCAGCCGAUGGUCAUCGUGCCUCGAGGUCUCGCAGUCGUGAGAGGCGACGAAAGGACGACGUCUUGACGUUCGCAAAGAUCAGGGAGGAGAGGGAGAGGCAGCGUCUUCGGGAUCGUGAGCGUCUGCUUCGAGAGGAGGAGCGUCGACGUCGGGAGGACAUGGAACGUCAACGGGAGAUCGAACGCAGGCAGAGGGAGGAGGCAGCUCGGUUAGAGCGUGAGAGGGAGAAGCUCAGGAGGGAGAGGGAGAAGAUCGAGCAGGAGAAGGCGGAGCUGCUCAGGCUCGAGCGGGAGAGGCAGAAGCAGGAGCGAGAGAAGCUCGAGAGGGAGAGGCUCGAGCUCAAGAGGCAGCAGAUGAGGCUUGAGGAGAGCAGGAGGGUGCCUCCGCCCCCUGCCAUCAAGAGGUCCUCCAGUGACAGGAGGGACAUCAGGGAAAUGUAUGCUGAACCUGAGAGGAAACGAUUGACCACUGAGCACAGCAGGAGGCACAGCCCCGAGAGGGUCUCCGAUAGGAGGACUGAAAUCCUUGAUCGCGUCUCGGAUAGGAGGAUCGAUGGGUCACCUUCCGGGAGAUAUGACUCCACUAGAUCAACUCAAGAUCUGACAUUGAAAAAACGUGGAAGUGAGUUUUCAUCGCGUAGCAGUCGUCCAGAAACAUUCACUGAUGUGUCUCGAGGGAGAGAGGUCAUUGUACGACGUGAGACUCUACCAACUGCAACGUCAACAAUUGAUCCACGUCAGGUGAAAGAGAGCAGAUACGAAAGACCCAGCAGCACAUCUUAUGGACGCAGCGAGCGUGAAGUGCGACGUAACGAUGCAGAUAAUCACAGAAGCUCUAGAGACUCUAGUCGCUACAGUGACAGCUCAAAACCACCGGGCUCAAGCUCACAAGGACGUGACAGCCGUUACAGCGAGAGCAGCAGGACCCCCAGUGGAUGGCACGGGGGUGCACCGUCCUCAAAGUCCUUCAACGCAGUCUCCAGCAGUGGUAGCCAACGAAGUGACGUGAGGAAUGAGCCAUCGAGUUGGAGUAAUCGUUCAUCAGAGGGUGUCAACAGAUGGGUUUCCAGCAGCUCUGGAAAUACUCUGAGACAUCCAGGACCACCAAUUGGCUACCAGGGAGGGCCAAUUCAGUCCAUGGGAAUCACAGCACCAGGCACAACUCCCUCUAACGAACGCUUUGACCCGUACAAGUAUUCCAUGCCCAGUUUGAGAAAGUAUUAAUCGUAAAAAAGUGGAACUAAUUAGUUGAUUUUUUUUGGAUUAAUACGUAUUCAGUAAGCGUACGUAUUUGUACAGUCUGGUGUUUAUUUUCACAGCAGUUAUUUUUUUCUUUUCUCAUUAAUUUUUCUUUUCUCGAUGACUUUAUGUAUAUUUGUUUAUAGAAUUUAUGAAUCGUGCGCACUUGAACGAAAAUUACAGCUAAAAUAGGAGAGUUACAUAAGAGUAAUUCACUUUUUGUGGGUUUUUGUCACUCGGUUUAAGUAGUGAGAAGAGAGACAAUUAAUUGAUGACGCAUAAUCAGAGAAUCAGGUCAAUGUUUAGUUGCACGAUUAGAAAUUAUCAUUUUUUCGUUAUUUUUCGACUCGUGCUAACGAUUCAUUAUCACAAUAUUUUUAAAUAGUUCAUUUUCCAAUGAUUUUUAUUAAUCAUAAAACCAAGUCUGGGAUUAUAAUGAUUACGUCACUAAUGAUUAAGAUACGAAAAUUUGAGUGAAUUCAUAUGAUAUUGAACGUAGUAAGAGAACAGUGUUUAUAUCUGUAACGUUUAAUCUCUAAUUGCUAGAAUUUAAUUAUCGAAAUAAAUUGACAUUUAAGAUGCAGAAUGUUUUCUUGUAAAA